CAAGGUCUCUCUGCUGCUUCUCCCUCGUUUUUUUGUCUUCCAUUUUCCCGAGAAAAUGUGCAUGAAAAUUUACGGCCACCAUCCUUGAUCCCCAAAAUUCAAUACCACCACUCUCUUUAUAACCAAAGAAGAAGAAGAUCAUCACCCCUUUAGCAAUCAUGGGGGGGAAAACUGAGACCGCCAAUGGCACCGUGAAACCAGCAUCCGUCGCAGUGAACCUGAAAUCAGAUCUGCUUAGUGGCUUCCCUCUGAAACCCUAAAACUCAAACCAAGCACAGGAGCUCCUGAUCCGAGUUUCCAUCCUUUGUCUCGUUUACAUCUUAGCUUUUAUCACCCGCUUGUUCAGCGUGCUUCGAUACGAGUCAAUGAUCCAUGAAUUCGAUCCUUACUUCAACUACCGUACUACUCUCUUCCUGACUCAGAAGGGGUUUUACGAAUUCUGGAACUGGUUCGAUUCCGAGAGUUGGUAUCCUUUAGGUCGUAUCAUUGGUGGUACCCUUUACCCGGGUCUCAUGGUCACUGCCGCUCUCAUCUACUGGCUUCUCCGUUUCCUCCGUUUCUUUGUUCAUAUCCGCGAGGUUUGCGUCCUGACUGCUCCCUUCUUCGCCUCCAACACCACAUUGGUUGCGUAUUUCUUCGGGAAAGAGAUUUGGGAUUCUGGGGCUGGUCUCGUUGCUGCUGCCCUGAUCGCCAUCUGUCCUGGUUACAUUUCUAGGUCAGUUGCAGGCUCGUAUGACAAUGAGGGGGUCGCCAUUUUUGCUCUGCUGUUGACCUUUUACUUGUUUGUUAAAGCCGUGAAUACAGGGUCCUUGGCCUGGGCUCUGGCCUCUGCGUUCGGCUACUUUUAUAUGGUUUCAGCAUGGGGAGGCUAUGUAUUUAUUAUCAAUUUGAUUCCUCUAUACGUGCUGGUGCUUUUGAUAACGGGGAGGUACUCCAUGAGGUUGUAUGUUGCUUACAAUUGCAUGUAUGUUGUGGGAAUGCUGCUUGCCAUGCAGAUUCGGUUUGUUGGUUUUCAGCAUGUGCAGUCUGGGGAGCACAUGGCUGCCAUGGGCGUCUUCUUCUUGAUGCAGGUUUUUAGAUAUGCUCCACUCUCUGUUUUCGAAUUUGAACUUUUGAGUAUCUUAAUUUCACUACCUAGUUUGGGUAAGGAUGUUAACUGCCUAUGCGCUCUCGGUUCACUUGAUCAGUCCCAGCCUUUUCAAAAAAAUGGAGCUAUUGCUUUGCUCCUUGGUGCUUUCUACUUGCUCAGUAAAUAUGCAACCCACUGUACCUGGGUUACAUCAGAGGCAUACUCAUCUCCCUCAAUUGUCCUGGCUGCAAGGGGUGCUCAUGGAAACAGAGUUAUCUUUGAUGAUUACCGUGAGGCAUACUUUUGGCUUCGUCAAAAUACCCCUCCAGAUGCUAAAGUGAUGUCAUGGUGGGAUUAUGGGUAUCAGAUCACUGCCAUGGGAAACAGAACUGUGAUUGUUGAUAAUAAUACAUGGAACAACACACACAUUGCUACUGUUGGACGUGCAAUGUCAUCUUAUGAAGAUGAAGCGUAUGAGAUAAUGAGGUCACUUGAUGUGGAUUAUGUAUUAGUUGUUUUUGGUGGGGUUACUGGUUAUUCUUCGGAUGAUAUUAACAAAUUUUUAUGGAUGGUGAGAAUUGGAGGUGGAGUAUUCCCCGUAAUUAAGGAACCCGAUUACCUGGUCAAUGGAGAGUAUCGAGUUGACAAAGGUGCAGCACCGAAAAUGUUGAACUGUCUCAUGUACAAACUUUGUUACUAUCGAUUUGGGGAGUUGGUUACAGAAUAUGGGAAACCUCCUGGGUAUGAUCGUGCAAGGGGUGUUGAAAUUGGAAACAAGGAUGUCAAACUCGAGCACUUGGAAGAGGCGUUUACUACAUCCAAUUGGAUUGUUCGUGUUUACAAAGUCAAGCCACCGAACAAUAGGUGGUGAGACUCUUUCUCAAUCUCUCUCUUUAUGGGAAAUGAAAGAGACACUGGGUGAAAUAUAGCUUAUGGAAUAGCAGUUAAUGAUAUAGAGAAAACAUAUUUUGGUGAGGGAUCUGAGUUUAUAUAUAACAUUCAAGGCUGUCAACAUGUUUUAGAACCAGUUUUGGAGAUUGCUAAUGAUGCUGCCCCAUUCACUUGUUCAAAGUAUUGGGAUCUAGAUCAUCUACAUUAGAAAUUCUAAUAGACAAUUUUUUAUGAGA